AUGGCCACUCAUACCAUCCGCAAAGUCGUCUACUCUGCCUAUGGCGGUCCCUCCAACGUGAGCGUCGUCACGGCUCAAAUACCCCCUCCAGCAAAAAACGAAGUCCAGGUCGAUGUCAUCUACUCAGGCUUCUCUGGCGCCGACAUCCAGAUGCGACUUGGCACAUACCCCAUGCAAAAAGCGGCACCUUUGACACCCGGCUACUGCUUCGUUGGUCGCGUCAGCUCUAAUGGGGUCAACUCCUCCAAAUUCCGCCCUGGUCAGCUCGUUGGCGCUCUUAGCGUGUACGACGCUGAGGCUCAGAAGAUCAAUAUCCUCGAAAAGUAUUUGAUCGCUAUUCCUGAUCGAGUUGAUCUGCAACAGGCGGUCGCUGCUUUCCUCGACUGGAACACUGCUUACGGUCUUGUUCAUCGCGCGACAAAUUUGGUUGGCAAAGGUCAGCGCGUCUUCAUCCAUUCCAUCAGUGGAGCUGUUGGCUAUGCCAUUAUGACCCUCUGCCUGCUUGAGGGCGCUGAAGUCUACGGCACCGCUUCAGAGCGCAACCAUGAGUCUCUUCGCCAGCUCGGAGUGACGCCCUUUACGUAUGCCAACAAGAACUGGGUCAGCGAAAUGAAGCAGCGCGGUGGCGCACACGUAGUCUAUGACCCAAUUGGUUUUGAGCACUACAAUGAUUCAUGGGACAUUCUCAUCACCGACGAGCCCUCGCGUCUUGUCGGUUUUGGUGGUAACAUGAACAUCCUCCAGGGCGACGACGCCAAACCGCGAUCGCAGUAUGUCGGAAUGGCCAAGCUACUGGCGAAGAAUGGUUGCUUGUUUACCAAAAGAAGCACAUCCUUCUACUACAUUGACCGCGAUCGUGCGACAUUCAUGGAAGAUCUUCAAGCUGUUAUGAACCUUCUCAUUGAUGGAAAGGUUGAGGUACCGAUCAAGAAGGUCUGGGAUUUGGAGAACGUGCGGGAGACCCAUGAGACUUGGGGUAAGGUCCCUGGAAUGGGAUCAUGCUUGAUCCGUGUGGACCCCAAUGCUCCUUGA